ACCACCACAACCACAAGCACCACAAGCACCACCACCACCACAAGCACCACUACAAGAAGCACCACCGCCACCACAAGCACCACCACAAGAACCACCACCACAAGCACUACCACCACUGCAAGCACCACCACCACCAGCACCACAAGCAGCACCACCACCACCAGCACCACAAGCACCACCACUACCACAAGCACCACCGCCACCACAAGUACCACAACCACCACAACCACCACCAGCUCCACGAUCACCACUACCACCACCAGCACCACGACCACCAGCAGCACCACCACCAGCACCACCAACACUAACUCCACCAAUUCCACCAGCACAAGCACCACCACAAGCACCACCACCACCACCACCACCACAACAAGCACCACCACCAGCUCCAACACCACCACCACCACCACAACAAGCACCACCACCAGCUCCAACACCACCACCAACACCAACACCAGCACCACCACCACCAGACCAGCAGCACCACAACAACACCACCACAAGCACCACAAGAACCACCAGCAGCUUAAGCACCACUACCACCACUACAAGCACCACAAGAACCACCACCACCUCAAGCACCACCACCACCACAAGCACCACUACAAGAAGCACCACCGCCACCAUAAGCACCACCACAAGAACCACCACCAGAAGCACCACCACCACCAGCAUCACAAGCAGCACCUCCACCAUCACAAGCACCACCACUACCACAAGCACCACCGCCACAAAACCACCACCACAAGCACUACCACCACUACAAGCACCACCACAAGCAGCACCACCAACAGCACAAGCACCACAAGCACCACCACUACCACCACCACCACCACCACCACAAGCACCAGCACCUCCACCAGCACCACCACCACCAGCACCACCACCAGCACCACGACAAGCACCACCAGCACCACCACCACCAGCACCAUCACAAGCACCCUCACCGGCACCACCACCAGUACCACAAGCACCACCACCACCAACACAAGCACCACCACAAGCACAAUCACCAUCACCACCAGCAGCACCACCACCACCAGCACCACCUCCAUGAGCACAAGCACCACCACCAGCACCACCAGCACUUGCACCACCAGCACCACCACAAGCACCACCACUACCACAACAAGCACCAUCACAAGUACCACCACAAGGACCACCAGCACCACCACCACCAGAACCACCAGAACCACCACCACUAACACCACAAAUUCCACCAGCACAAGCACCACCACAAGCACCACCACCACCACAACAAGCACCACCAACACCAACACCACCACCAGCACCACCACAAGCACCACCACCUCCACCAGCACAAGGACCACCAGCACCACAAUUGUUGUGGUGGUGGUGCUGCUGCUGCUUGUUGCUGUUGUGGUUGUGGUUGUGCUUGUUGCUGUUGUGGUUGUUGUGGUGGUGGUGGUGCUGCUUCUGCUGCUCCGUUUUGUUGUGUUGCUUGUUGUUGUGCUUGUUGCUGUUGUGGUUGUUGUGUGGUAG